UGGGGAGACGUACAAGCGAGCUAAAACGAUAUGCUACCAAUGCAGUUAAAUUUGUAACGACUACAUUAGAAAAGAUAGGUCAACCCUGAGCCUGCUUGGCUCUAAAUCUUAACAACCUUUUCCCCUGCCCCGGCUAUAUCGCGCAUAGAUAUGAGCGGCAGCGGGCGGCCCAGGACCAGCUCGUUUGCUGAGCCUCCAGGGGCUCCCGGAGCCGCUUCAGCCGCCGCUGGAUCGUCUGUUACCGGAGGGAGUUCUGCAGGAAAAUCUGGGGCUUCACAGGCCACAGGGAGCAGCUCGACUGGCUUCGGAAAUGUGAAACUAGCCCGAGACAGUGGCAAGGUGACGACUGUGGUGGCCACACCAGGCCAGGGUCCAGACCGCCCACAGGAGGUGUCCUACACAGACAUCAAGGUGAUCGGGAAUGGUUCCUUCGGCGUGGUGUACCAGGCCCGCCUCAUUGACAGCCAGGAGAUGGUGGCCAUCAAGAAGGUUCUGCAGGAUAAGAGGUUUAAGAACCGAGAACUACAGAUCAUGAGGAAAUUGGACCACUGCAACAUAGUCAGGCUACGUUACUUUUUCUACUCCAGUGGGGAGAAGAAAGAUGAGGUGUACCUGAACCUAGUGCUGGACUUUGUUCCAGAGACAGUGUACAGGGUGGCCCGGCACUUCAACAAGGCUAAGACCACCAUCCCCAUUAUAUACGUCAAGGUGUACAUGUACCAGCUGUUCCGCAGUCUGGCCUAUAUCCAUUCCCAGGGCGUGUGUCACAGAGACAUCAAACCCCAGAACCUGCUGGUGGACCCCGAGACAGCCAUCCUCAAACUCUGUGACUUCGGCAGUGCUAAGCAGCUUGUUCGCGGGGAGCCCAACGUGUCCUAUAUCUGCUCGCUGUACUACCGUGCCCCUGAGCUCAUCUUUGGCGCCACGGACUACACGUCCAACAUUGACAUCUGGUCAGCGGGCUGCGUGCUGGCCGAACUGCUGCUGGGACAGCCCAUCUUCCCCGGGGACAGUGGAGUGGACCAACUGGUAGAGAUCAUCAAGGUUUUGGGGACUCCGACGAGAGAGCAGAUCCGAGAGAUGAACCCCAACUACACAGAGUUCAAAUUCCCCCAGAUCAAAGCACACCCCUGGACAAAGGUGUUUAAGCCGCGUACCCCCCCAGAGGCCAUCUCCCUGUGUUCCCGUCUGUUAGAGUACACCCCUGUGACGAGGCUGUCCCCCCUGGAGGCCUGCGCCCACGCCUUCUUCGAAGAGCUGCGCCAGCCCACUGCACAUCUGCCCAGCGGACGAGAACUGCCCCUCCUCUUCAACUUCAGCCCCGUCGAGCUGUCUAUCCAGCCCCAGUUGAACUCCACACUCAUUCCUCCUCACGCUCGUGCACAGACAUCACCUGCCUCACACGAUGGCAGUGUGUCGGACAGUACCGCCCAGCCCAGCUCAGUACCUGGAUCCAUCAACAGCACCUGAACCCCCCCGUCCCCCAUUCACCCCGUCUUUCCCCUUUUCCUCUCAACCCCAUCCCUCUCUUCCUACUCUUCUACCCCCUUUUGGCUCCAAACUUCAAAAAACAACUAUACACACACACAUACU